AUGAGGCGGACUAUCCAUAAUAUGAUUCUGUUGAACUCCAAGGAGCAGAAGAUCCGUGACUUGCUUAUUGACUUUUGUAAUGAAUAUAACCAACAAACCAAUAAUAAGGACCCUCUUGAACUUCGAAUUAGUGGUGGUUGGGUUAGAGAUAAAUUGCUUGGACUUGAAAGUCAUGAUUUGGAUAUUGCCAUUAACACGCUUCUGGGAGAAGAGUUUGUUACUGAAUUGGAAAAAUAUGUGGGCAAAUAUCGUCCUGAAUUGAAGAUGGAAACCUUCCAUACUAUUAAAAAGAACCCUGAAAAGUCCAAGCAUUUGGAAACUUGUACUACGAAACUUUUUGAUAUGGAUAUUGAUUUUGUUAAUUUAAGAUCGGAAGAAUACAGUAAUGAAAGUCGAGUACCAAUUGUACGAUUUGGAACUGCUGAAGAGGACGCCUUGAGAAGAGACGCCACGUUAAAUGCAUUAUUCUACAAUAUGAAUAAAGAUGAAAUUGAAGAUUAUACCAAAACUGGGAUUGAAGAUUUGCAAAAUGGAAUUUUAAGAACCCCAUUGGCUCCCCUACAGACGUUUUUAGACGAUCCAUUAAGAGUUUUAAGAAUGAUACGAUUUGCAUCAAGGUUUAGUUUUAUUGUGGACCCCACAGUGUUGGAAGCCAUGGCUAACAAGGAGAUUAAAGACACUUUAUUAUUCAAAAUUAGCAGAGAAAGAGUUGGUGUAGAAGUGGAGAAGAUGCUUAUCAGUCGACAUCCCGAGUAUGGUUUGAAAUUAAUUAAUUACGGAGGUUUAAGUGAAUGUAUAUUUUCUCCAGGAGGAGAAAUGUUGACGUUAAUUGAAAAUGUUAACGAUAAAUCAGUAUUGGAUAAUAUUGAUUUGAUCACUCAACAUAUUCCCAAAUAUUUAAACCUUGUGGCUAAUUUAUACCAUCCAGUGUUUGAAACUGGACUUAAUGAUUAUCCUAGAUUGAAGAGAAUCUUCCAAGCGACUUUAGACGAUCCGUUAUCUAUUAAGAUCUUUUGGUAUUCAAGUAUUCUUCAGCCUUAUGAUGGUCUUCAAGUCAAGACCAACCCGAAGAAGAUCAACUCUUACACUCCAUUGAGUCUUUUAAUUGUAAGAGAUGGACUCAAGUUGGGAAAACAUCACUUUGAACCUGUGGGGAAGAUAACCCAAGGGUUCGAGAGUCAAAGACCGAUUCUUGAACGGUAUUUCCGUGAUCCUCAAGUGAUUAAGCGAUCUGAUCUUGGGAACUAUAUGAGAUACUUUGGGUCCUAUUCCAGUAUUAACAUUCUAGUUAAUUGUUUCAGUGAUGUCGUUGAAGCUGUUCAAAAUGUAGUGGGUGAAGAUAAUGAGGAGGUUAAAAUAUCAAUACCAGAUCCUCAUACGAUGACAGACCUUCCAGUUGAUGAUGAUAAGCUUUUCAAGCCUAUACAGAAGGUUCUAUAUGACUAUGAUCACUUCAUAAAAGCUUUAGAAGGGUUAAAGCUUAUGGAGGCGCAUAACAUAAAGCAUUUGGUGGAUGGGAAGACAUUAAUGAAAGUGCUUGGACGGAAGCCAGGGCCAUGGAUGGCUAAGACCUUGGACGUAGUCAUGACAUGGCAAUUAGAUAACCCCGAAGGAACCGAAGAAGCGUGUGUGGAAUAUAUCAAGCAUUUAAUACCAGAGAAAUAG